UUUACCUAGCAACACUAUCAUGGACUCUGUAAAUACAUCAGCUAUACUCGAGAACAAUCACCACAUUCCUACUAUGGUCAAUAGUCACGAUUCUUCCAGUCAGGGGGAAACUGUGGGUAUUGUAGGUGCCGGUUUGGUGGGGUGUCUUGCCGCACUCGCAUUUGCCAAGAAAGGCUAUCUGGUGACCUUAUUUGAAUUACGGUCGGACCCAAGAACCGUCAAGGAUAGAUCGCAAAAGAACUUGAGAUCGAUUAAUUUGGCUAUUAGUAAUCGUGGGAUCCGUGCCAUGAAGUACGUUGACGAGGAAAUUACCGACCGAGUAUUGGAAUAUAUUGUUCCUAUGAAGGGAAGAAUGAUUCAUGAUCUUACCGGAACCAAGCAAGAAUCUCAAUUAUAUGGAUUGUACGGAGAAUGUAUAAACUCUAUCGACCGAGGAUUCUUAAAUGAAUGUCUUUUGAACGAGCUUGACAUGCAGGAAAAUGUCCGAGUAUUGUUUGACCACAAGUUGAUUAGAUUGAACGACAUAACCACUGAAGUUAAACCCAGUAUGGUUUUCCUUGAUUCCAAGCAACAUAACGAAUUUAAAACGUUCAAGUUUGAUUACAUUGUUGGUGCAGAUGGGGCCCAUUCUCAAUUCAGAUACCAAAUGCUGAGAUUUAGCAGAUUGAACUACUCGCAAAAUUAUGUCGACAUGCAAUACUUGGAACUUUAUAUUCCUCCUAAUGAAGACCCUGAAGCCGUGAGCAGAUUCCAUAUCAACCCCAACCACUUACACAUCUGGCCCAGACACAAUUAUAUGUUGAUUGCCUUGGCCAACAAGGAUGGGUCAUUUACUUCGACAUUUUUCAGUCCAUGGUCAGUUAUUGAAUCUUUGAAGACCAGUGAAGAAUUUUUGACCUUCUUCCAGGAAAACUUCCCUGAUGCCUAUGACUUGAUUGGGGAAGAGGCUUUGGCCACUGCUUAUGAAAAGAAUCCUCGUGGUUCCUUGAUGCAAGUCAGUGCCUACCCAUAUCACAGUCCCAAUGGCAGAGCCAUUCUCAUUGGAGAUGCUGCCCAUUCCAUGGUUCCCUUCUAUGGCCAAGGUAUGAAUUGUGGGUUUGAAGAUGUGAGAGUAUUGAUGGAGUUGAUUGAAGAAACAGAAGACAUACAAGCGGCAUUUAUCAAGUAUUCUGAUGUCAGAAAGAAGGAUCUCGAUGCAAUUUGUAAGUUAGCCCUUGAGAAUUUCUAUGAGAUGUCAACAAAGGUUACUAGUAUUGGCUAUUUGAUUAAGAAGAACUUGGACUAUACCUUGGCCAAGUACUGCAAUGGCAAAUACUUCCAAUGGUUGCCAUUAUAUACGAUGAUUUCGUUCCGUGAUGACAUUCCUUAUCAUGAAGCGGUGGAGAUUGAAGCAAGACAACAAAAGACGUUAACUGGUAUCAACUAUGCAGUUGCUGGUGCAGCUAUAGUUGGAGUUGUAACUAAGUUGCUCCAAUUAUACCUGAAAUUAAAUAAGAAAUGAUUUGAAUAUAUAUUUAUGUACAUAGACUGGUUGUAGCCGUACGUUUUACUGACCGAUAUAGUUAAAGAUUGGAUCUCCACCUGGUAGCUCUCGUGUGGUAAAUGCCGGGACCGAAAUACGCACCUGAGCGGAUUUGCCAUU